UUUUCUGCUAGCCACCUAAGCGAUGGCACGCACGUCAAGGAAUUCGCCGGGCUGCUCGUAACGGUGGACGCGCCUUGCGAACCCUCGGAGCUUCCAGCAAGCCUACAAAGCGGUGGCUCCAUCGCUGGAGCGUUCGAGGGUUCGGCGCCAGCGAAACACGUUGGGGCCCAGUCAGCGCCUGCGCCCACGGCGGCACCACGCUCCGUGCCUAUGCUCGGCCGUCGCGCCGCCUUCGCCCGCAAAUUUGAACCGCCCAGACCUCUCGGCGCGUCCGGAGCCGCGCCAGCGAAUGCGACUGCGCCCACCGCAUCGCUACCCCAAGCUGGCCUUCAGGGCGCCCAGGGGCUUCGCUCGACGCCACCCACUUCGACCUCAACGGUGGCAGGCGCCUGGGGUGUGGCACCCGCAGCAGGCGUACCUGUGAGGGCCGCGCCUGGCUGGGGAGGUAAUAGCUGGCCUGCGCCGCAGCACCCCAGCCAAGCACCUGUGCAGCAAUGGCAGCCGCCUGUUCCGCCGAACGCGACGCAGCGGCCUGCGGCUGCUGGUGGCUGGGGCGAUCUGGGUCGCGCAGGCGACUGGCCGGAGGAGGUGGAGGCACGGCAGCCUGCAACUGGCACUCGUGGUCCCGGAUGGCAGCACAGCGCACAGAGAGGGCCCAACGGCUCUGUUGCAGCGCCAGGGCCGAACCCCAGUGCUGUUGCCGCGACGACCGAAGAUGAUGACAUCCUGGCCCUGCUGGGACUUGCACCCACUGAGCCCGCCCGCCCGCCACCGCCGCCGUCGCGGGCACAGCUGCACCACCAGCAGGCCUCGCCGCCUCCCAGCCACUGGCCCGCAGCGCCCACGCCCCCAGCCGGCCCCCACGGCACGGUAGCAGCAGCAUUUGAUGGCCGCACCGGCCAUCUGGGUCAUGGUUGGCCCGACGUGAACAGCCAAAGCAGGCAUGUGGGCGACACCGCCGGCGGUGCCGGCAGUUGCUCUGGCGUGCGGCCCUCGGCUUGGGGAGGAUUGCCGCCCCAACAGCAGCCGCAAGCAAAGCGAUCCCGCGCGGGCAUGUGGGCGGACUUCGCCUCACAGACAGCCGGAGAGUUGGGUGGUGACGAUGAUGGGCUGAAUGAGGAUGAGCUCGGUGUGGAGGGCCCGGCUGACCCAGAUGCAGGCUGGGGCGUGAGCGGCCGGCCCGACCCACAUCGCGGCGGCAGCAGCGGCAGCGGUGCAUGGAGCGGCGCUGGCGCACCCUUGGCGAACACGAACACGCAGGCUGCCGCUGUGGCUGCGGCGCGACGUCGGUGGGGUGCGGAUCCAGAGCCCGAGCCGGAACCCGAGGCACCCGUCAUGCUGGCUGCUAGUGGCAGUGUCGCCCGAAGUGCAGGUGGAGCAGGGGUCCCGGGCAUGGAACCGGACCGCCCGCCGCCGGACCUACAGCGGCAGUCUCACCAGCCUCACCAACUCCCCCAACCUCAUCAGUCUCAUCCAUCCCACCAGCCUCACCAACCCCAGCAGUUUCACCAGCACCACCAGCACCACCAGCCCCAUCAGCCGCAUCAGCCCCAUCAAGCGCCCCAGCAGCAGUGGGGCCAAGUACGCCAGCCAAGGCCAGGGCCAGGGUCGGUUGGGCCUGCAAUACCUCGGGCGCCUGUUGCCAGCGCGCCUCCUGUGGCAGCGGAUCGAGCUGACGCCUGGGAGGGCCUGUUCGGCGGCUUGGACGACGCCGUUGGAGAGCAGCAGCCGCUUGCAAACAGGAUGGGUAUACCGGCUUCUGGCGCUGUAGCAAGGACGGGCGCGUGGGGCCAAGGACCAGCAGCGUCUGUGAACGCAGGGCUGGAUCAGGCGGCGGCAAUGGUCCGGUGGCAGGAACCACAACUCCAGCCGCAGCAGCAGCUGCAGCAACAGCAUGCACAGCAGGGCGGCAUGCCUUCCGGUCAGGCAGGCGGCGCGAGAGCGGCGUCAGCGCCGUGGAAGCCACCGCAGCCCAAUCCCCAAGCGGCAUCCACAGUGGCUCUUGUGCAGGGGCGCGGCCCAACCCCGUCAAGCGGUGGGGGCGGCAUUGGCCUGGCCAGAAGCGGCUUCUCGGCGCUGGCGCUGCCGCCGCUGCACAGCCCGGCGGUGCCGCAGCGCUUGGUGGCCAUCCCCGCCGCAUUUAGCGGCCCCGAUCACUACAGGUCCACGCUUAUCGCCGCGCUGGUGGAGGAGAUCAACCUGCGCCUGGGCGAGUCGGCGCAGCAGUUCUUCGGCAUAGCGCGGCACCUGCUGGCCGCCACGGCUUGGGCUGGCAGUGGGGCCAGCUGCGGUGUGCGCGGCGGCUACGACAACGCAGGCGGUGGUGCAGGGCGCGGAGGGGCCGGAGGACGGGGUUUCGGUGGCCAGCAGCAGGGCCGGGGCACACCGGGCAGGGGGCAGUUCAUGCCGGCCGCAGGGGCUGGUGGCGGUGGCGGUGCCGCAGGGGCUGGUGGCGGUGGCGGUGCCGCUGGCGGCUUCGCCCGGCUGCCGCCGAUGCAGCAGGCGGCAGAGCUGGAGAAGGCAUGCAGUCACAGCCACGUGCCGUACUUCGCCUCAUGCACGCUGAACAUGUGGGUCAAUCGCCCUGACGGCGGCAACGGUGGCGGCGGAGGCUUCGGCAAGAAGCGUAAAGGUGGCAGCGGUGGGGGUGGCAGCCGCAAGGGCUGGGGCCAGGGCGGCGGAGGCGACUCGGACAUGGACGACGGCGACGACGGGCCAUCCACGUCCGCACCCAAGGCGUCGUACUACCUCAUCGUGCCCAACGUGCGCAACCGUGUCAAGCACAGCAGGCGCCACGACCUCUGGGUCAUCAGCUCCAACCCGCUGCUGCAGGGCGGCGUCAUGGGCGCCGCAGGCGACGGCGCCCGGGCGGGCGCGGGACGCGGCUGGUGGGCUGUGUGCCGCAGCGUGUGGCACGGCCCGGACCGGGACGGCAAGUUUGAGGUGGAAAUGCUCACCGCUCCGCCGCCCGGCUGCACCAGGUCCCAAACGGUGUAUGCGCUGCGUGGCCCCGAGGUGCAGUCGGAGGUCCUCAUGGUGCAGAUGUUGGAGAGCAUGGGGACGCCGCCCGCCGCCAUUGGUGCGGGCAUUGCUGCCACCGCAGCCGCAGCCGUGGCGGCCGCACGAGCCGGCAGCAGCGGCACCCAGCAUCAGCAGCUGCUGCCGCUGCUGCGCCACCUGCUGGCGCUACAGCCGCCAGAAAAGCCGCUGGAUCUGGCGGCGGCGGCGGCGGGGGCUGUGGGGGCGGCGGCGGCGGCGCCCGGGCGCGCCUUCAAGAAGCCCCGCGUGCAGGUCAAGGACCAGGAUGCCGGGGCUGACCGGGCCGCAGCCGAUGCAGGAGAAAGCGAAGACGAGGAGGGCGGCGAUGCCGAGUGGCAGCAGGAGGAAGGGGAGACCGGCAGGACCAGCGGCAAGGCUGUCAGUAACAGCAGCAAGAGCGGUGGAGCCUUUGACCCCGUGGCCAUUGCGCGCGAGCACAUCGCCCGCUUCCGCCUCAACAGCGACCAGGCGCGUGUGCUCAUGCACUGUGCCUCCUGGUUCCUGCCGCACCCCGGCAGCGGCAGUGGCAACAGCAAUGCGAGGGGCUCCGCUCAGGGCGGCGGCGGCAGGAGGACUGGCAAGCUUGCCGGCGCCGGAGCGAAAGCAGGCGACGCUGAGGAGGCCAGUGAGAUGGCGGAGCUGUGCGACGAUGAGGAGGACAUGCUGCUGCUUGGUGAUGAGGAUGACGAUUUAGUGGCGGCACCAGAUGGCGGCAGUGGAGGCAGAGCUGGCGGUGGCAAGAAGGCUGCGCAGCCCCGCCGUGCCGUUCGGCGCUGCGUGCUCGAGGAUGAUGAGGACGAGGAGGACGGCGGGGAGCCGGGCCAUGCAGCUGCCGGCGGCACUGGGGCAGGGGGCACCGCGGGAGCGUGGGAGGCAGCGAUGGAGGUGCAGGCACCUGUGUGCCUGGUACACGGGCCCUUCGGCUCAGGCAAGAGCAGCCUGCUGGUGGCGCUCAUCUGCAUGCUGGUGCAGCUGGGAGCCGCGCAGGCGCAGGCUCUGCAGCAGCGGGCAGCAGCGGCCGCGGCCGGGCGCAAGCGGGCAGCAGCCGGCCGCAAGGCCAGCGCCGCAAGCGCAGCUGGAGGCACGCCGCUGGUGCGGGUGCUGCUGGCGUCGCACACCAACGUGGCUGUGGAUAGAGUGCUUGUUGGGCUGCAGGACGCGGGCUUCGGCGACUUCCUUCGGCUGGGCAGUGUGGACCGCAUCGCGAAGCCCGUGCUGCACCGCUCGCUGCGGGCGGGCGGCGACGACAGCGGCAGGGGCGACGCGGCUGCAGAGCUGCGCCGCGCCCUCAAGGACGCCUCGCCUGCCGAUGCCGCCUACAUCAACGCCGAGCUGGCGGCACUGGCGGCCGGUGCGGAGAAGCAGCGGCGGCGGGCGCUGCGCACCUGCCCCGUGGUGGGCGCCACCAUCUGCUCCCUGCUGCAGCCGUCAUCGGAGGACCACAUGGGCUCCGGCUUCACGGUGGUGGUGCUGGACGAGUGCAGCCAGAUGACGGAGCCGCUGUGCCUGGUGCCGCUGCUGCGAGCCAAGGCCAGGUUCCUGGUGGCUGCCGGUGACCCGCAGCAACUGCCGCCCGUCAUCGCCAGCCCAGCAAACCUCACAGCUCCGGCACCGCAGCACCAACCUGGUCCCGCCUCUGGCCUGCAGUGGGGGCCCGGGGCGGUGGGGGCGGCGGGUGCGGGCAGUCAGCGGGGUCACCCGGGCGCCGCCACGGACAGCCUGCUGCGGCCGCUGUUCGUGCGGCUGUGCCAACUUGGGCACGCCCCGCACCUGCUCAGCUACCAGUACCGCUGCCACCCGCGCCUAUCGUCCAUCGCCAACGCCGCCUUCUAUGAGGGCCGGCUGCGGGAUGGCGUGACCCCCGCCGACCGGCCGCCGCUGCUGGUCGGGCUGCCGCCCCUGGUGUUCGUGGAGAGCGGCGGUCAGGCGGCGGUGGACGCCUACACACGCAGCAGCUAUAACACGCAGGAGGCCCAGCUGGUCUCGAGAAUGGUGGCGGCACUGCUCGCCCAGGGCGUGUCGGCGGAUGAGGUAGGCGUCAUCUGCUUCUACCGGGCCCAGGUCGGCGCCAUCCGCCGCGCUCUGCAGCAGGCCGAUGCGGGUGGCGGCAGCAGCCGUGCGCCGGGCGAAGCGGGCAGGGGCGGUACCGCUGCUGGUGGUGCAGCAGGGGCCGGAGACCAGCAGGACGGGCUGGUCGGCGAGGGUGGCGGCGGCCGGGACAGCGGAAUGGUGCAGGUGGCGACCGUGGACUCUUUCCAGGGCGCUGAGAAGGAGGUGGUCAUCCUGGCCACCACGGUCAGCCGCGCCGCGGACUUCGCCUCGGACGCCAAGCGCCUCAACGUGGCGCUCACCAGAGGCCGGCGCCACCUGCUGGUGGUGGGCUGUCCGGGCGCGCUGUGCCAGACGUCCCACGUGUUCGAGGGCAUCAUCCGCACCUGCCAGGAGGCCAUGCGGCGGCCGCCACUGCCGCAGCCGCCAGCAGCAGCAGCACAAGCAGCAGCCCAGCAGCAGCAUCAGAGCACGGGCUAUGCUGGUGGAGGCGGUGGUGGUGGAGGCGGCGGCGAUGCCCUGUACGUGUCCGGCGCUGGGCUGCUUCGGCUGCUGGAGGGGACGGCCUGUGAACAGCAACAGCCGGGCGGCGUGCAGCCAUUGUACAGCCCGGCAGGCGGAGCGGCGGCGGCGCAUGCGCAUGCGGGGGGCAGCGGCGGAAGUCGAGGCGGCGUCAUGGCGUGGCAGUCCCACGCCGCGCACGCGCAGCGGCAGCAGCAGCAGCAGCAGCAGCAGACCGGGGGCAUGUUGCCCCGUUACCAAGGUGCGCAGGUGCUGCUAGCUCAGGAGUGCAGUAACACCCAGCAGCAGCAGCGGGCAGUCAGUGCGGGCGGUGACUGCCGCAGUGCACAUUCUCCCGCCGAUGGAUGCUGGGAGCCAGCCUCGGCACACCAUGAUGCGGACGACGAAUUUUUCGAUGACAUCUAGGAUGGGCGGGCCCUGCAGACAUGGAAAGAGAGACACGCGCCAGCUUUUGCGUGCUGUGCGCUAGGUGUGUGCAGGACUGAAUGGCUUGCGUGAGGUAUGAAGGAUGCACGCACGAUUUGGCGGGCUACCCUGCAGCGAUACCGUGCAUGUUUAUGGCAGCAAUGACUAGCCAACUGCAUAGCGUUCGUAGAGGGUUUUCUCCCCCACGAUGUCGGGUCUUGGUGGCGACGCGUAGUCAUAGCUGGCAAGAGACGGCAAGAACACGUGGCGAAGUGACCUUGCCGCUGGCGCUGAAGCGCGAAGGGUGCACGGGCAUGGCUUGUGGCCACGCCGAUGCCAGUUUUGGAUACUGAAUAAUCCCAGUAACAUCGUAAUUAUAACGUGUGUUGCCAUCGCGUCAUUUGAAAGCGGUCGCGACUCGCCGAA